CGUGUUUACUCCUAACUAGACUUCCAGUUUUCAGAAGUAUGGCGACUCUUACAUCUCGUCUGAGAUUGACCCGAGUUCUGCGGGUGUGUCACCAGUCCUGCCGACCUGUACCAUGCUCUCAAACCUUGCCGGUCAACACAGUUCUGGCCAAGGAUGCUUCUCUACCUCAUCCUUUAGUCGGAGCACUAUCCAGGUUCUGUCACAAUCUGUCUGGACAGGAAGAGCAAGAGAUCUACAGUGGUAUUCUUAGUACCCAGAUCAAAUUGGUGAAAUCCUUUUCUCUUGGAACAAGUAUGAUCGGGUUAGCUUGUCAACCUAUUCUGUAUACCUACUCUUCAACCGGGAACUUGGCGGUCGUCCUGGCAUCCGGAGCCUUCCUUUCAUUCUUUACCUUCGCCACCCCGCUCCUCAUCCAUUCCAUCAGCAAGAAGUACGUUACAAAGCUCUAUUAUAAUCAGGUUGAGGAUAAGUACACAGCGUAUGUUUACAAUGUGUUUGUUCGGCCGAAGAAGAUUGAGUUUAGAACAAGUGAUGUAAAUGUUCCAGAGAUACCUGGGAUGUUUACAACCUUCAAGGCUAGAAAUGUUCCUCUGUUUGUGGAUAUGAGUCAAUUCUACGAUGUUUCCCAUUACGGGAAAAUUAUGGGCUACGACAAACCUUUAGAUUUACAUUGGGAUAAAGAGCUGGAUAUGACCAAAUCUGAAGCAAUUGCUAUGAAGAAAAAACAAAAGAAACUAGAUUAAAUAGUACAUUAAUAGAGUUGAGAGAAAUAUUCCUGAAAAAAAACUAAAAUUAAAUCUUGUUUUCAGA